AUGGAAACACAUACAAAAUCAUUAAAAACUAAAAAGAACAAACAACAAAAAAUAGAUAAUAUAGAUUUACAUAUUGAUGAUACUUCAUCGAUACACUCAACUGAUCCUAAUGAACCAUUAAUUAAUAAUAUUGCUCAUAAUUUGUUUAUAUUAGCUGUUCAACAAGCACGUAAUGAACGAUAUCAAGCUAAAAUUCGACAACAACAUACUCAAAAGAUUCGAAUAAAAUCUAUCAAGCAAAAAAAACAAUUAACAAUUGCUGAUAUUGAUCGUGUAUUUGAAGAAAAACGUUUACGACCAUCAUCAAUAAAAAAUGAUCUUAUUAAUCUUUAUAAAAAUUCUUCAAAUCGUAUACGUUCAAUGUUAGAUAUACAUCAAAUUGAUCAAUUCAUUCAAGCACAACAACAUAGAGCACUUAUUAACAAACUCUAA